UGAUAGGCGGGUUGGCAGCGGGCCGCAUCGCUAGUCUCGUUUCCCUCCGCUAUUUCUAAAUGCAAUCUGAAUAGGACGGUAUCAAAGCGGGAUAGCUGUGGGAAAGAGCCUACCCGGGAGUUUGUCCGCCUCCACCGAAGCAGCCCGAGUUCUAAACUCAGGUUGGACUAGGUCUCGGUCUGUCUGUGCGCGGAGCUCUGUGGCCAGAGAGAGAGAGAGAGAGAGAGAGAGAGAGGGAGAAUGAGGAAGAACUCUCAGUGCACCUUUUUGUCCUCCGAUAUGCAGAUUCUCUGAUAAAGCAUCAGUUAUCUGAUCAUCUCAUACAGGUCGUGGAAAACUGCGAGUGUAUGGGAAUCUUUAAAUGUUUUUUCUUCACCUAGGUAUCUCGCCUUGAUCUCCUAUAUAACCCGAGACGAUUGUGAGCUGUAAUAGGCUAUUUACUACUGACGGCUCUUGCAGCUCUCUCUUGGCAUUUUCACGUCUAGGCUACAACAACUACUAUUGCUGAUUUAUUCUGCCUGUGGAUCUUGCCGUUGCGUCUUAGAAAAGGUUUAGGAAGCAGAGGAAGUGAACCACUCCAGAAUCAUGGGACACUUUCAGAUCUCCCCCAUUUUCUCCCUUGGCCUUCGGUUCGUGUUUGUCGUAGCGAUCCUGUUCCUCAAAUUCCAACAUGUGACGGCUAUGUCCUCGGAUGUGGACUUGGAUCAGUUCGUGUCCCCUACUGCCAGCAGCAACAUUACUGUGUGCACUACAGCAGGCACAGCAUGCGAAAAAGGGGUGAUUCUGCCUGUCUGGGAACCUCAGAAUCCCUCAUUCGGGGACAAAGUGGCACGGGCUACAGUCUACUUCGUGGCCCUGGUGUACAUGUUCCUCGGAGUGUCCAUCAUCGCUGACCGUUUCAUGGCGUCCAUCGAGGUCAUCACCUCUCAGGAGAAAGAGAUCACUAUUAAGAGACCCAACGGAGAGACCACCACCACUACCGUGCGGAUCUGGAACGAGACAGUGUCCAACCUCACGCUCAUGGCCCUGGGUUCGAGUGCCCCUGAGAUCCUACUGUCCGUCAUUGAGGUUUGUGGACACGGUUUUGAUGCGGGAGCCUUGGGCCCCAGCACUAUCGUGGGCAGCGCCGCCUUCAACAUGUUUGUCAUCAUCGGCAUCUGUGUGUGGGUGGUGCCCGACGGGGAGGUCCGUAAGGUCAAACACCUGCGCGUCUUCUUCGUCACAGCCACCUGGAGCAUCUUCGCCUACAUAUGGCUCUACCUGAUCCUGGCUGUCAUCUCUCCUGGCAUAGUGCAGGUAUGGGAGGGCCUGCUCACCCUCUUCUUCUUCCCCAUCUGCGUGUUGUUCGCCUGGGUCGCUGACCGCCGCCUGCUCUUCUACAAGUACGUCUACAAGCGCUACCGUACCGGCAAGCAGCGGGGCAUGAUCAUUGAGACCGAGGGCGACCGCCCGCUCCCGUCCAAAGUCGACAUCGAGAUGGAUGGGAAGAUGCUCAACUCUCACGCGGCGGACUUCCUGGACGGGCCUCUGGGGCUGGACCUGAACGUGAAGGACCUGGAUGAGGAGGAGACCCGGCGCGACAUGGCCAAGAUCCUCAAGGAGCUGAAGCAGAAGCACCCAGAUAAGGAGGUGGAGCAGCUGAUUGAACUGGCCAACUACCAGGUAUUGAGUUCGCAGCAGAAGAGCAGGGCCUUCUACCGCUGCCAGGCCACCAGGCUCAUGACCGGCGCUGGGAACAUCCUGAAGAAGCAUGCAGCCGACCAGGCCCGCAAGGCCAUCAGCCUGCACGAGGUCCGCUCUGAUGUGGCUGAUAACGACCCCGUCUCCAAGAUCUAUUUUGACCCCGGCUCCUACCAGUGCCUGGAGAACUGCGGCACAGUGGCAGUGAACGUGCUACGCCGAGGUGGCGACCUGACCAAGACUGUGUCGGUGGAAUUCCGUACGGAGGAUGGAUCAGCCAACGCGGGCUCGGACUACGAAUUUACCGAAGGGGUGGUGGUGUUCAAGCCCGGAGAGACCCAGAAAGAGAUCCGUGUGGGUAUUAUCGAUGAUGACAUCUUUGAGGAGGACGAGAACUUCCUGAUCCAUCUGAGCAACGUCAAAGUGCUGCUGGCAGAGGGGGAGGAGGUAGAGAACCCAGAGACCAAUCACGUGGAGGCGGUGGCCUGUCUUGGUCUGCCCGCCACGGCAACCGUGACCAUCUUUGAUGACGACCACGCCGGCAUCUUCACGUUCGAGGAGCCGGUGGCGCACGUGAGUGAGAGCGUGGGUACCAUGGAGGUGAAGGUGCUGCGUACAUCGGGGGCACGUGGGGUCGUCAUGGUGCCCUACAAGACUGUGGAGGGCACAGCACGCGGAGGUGGAGAGGACUUUGAAGAUACUCACGGGGUCUUGGAGUUCCAGAACGAUGAAAUCUUCAAAUGUAUAAAGGUCAGAAUCAUUGACGACGAGGAGUACGAGAAAAACAAGACCUUCUACGUGGAGAUGGGAGAACCUCGCCUGAUGGAGACCAAUGACAGUAAAGCUACAGAGGUGGCUGAGAAGGAGGUGGAAGAGGUGGUGCCGCUAACAGGAGUGGAUGAUGAGGAGCAACGCAUCGCUGAUAUGGGUCGACCCACGCUUGGAGAUCACGUCAAACUUGAAAUCAUCAUCGAGGAAUCCUAUGAGUUUAAGAACACUGUGGACAAGCUGAUUAAGAAGACUAAUCUGGCCCUGCUGGUGGGGACUAACAGCUGGAGAGACCAGUUCAUCGAGGCCAUCACUGUCAGCGCCGGUGAGGAUGACGAGGAUGAAGAGUGCGGCGAGGAGAAGCUGCCGUCCUGUUUCGACUACGUCAUGCACUUCCUCACCGUCUUCUGGAAGGUUCUGUUUGCGUUCGUGCCCCCGACAGACUACUGGAACGGCUGGGCCUGCUUCGUGGUGUCCAUCUGUAUGAUCGGCCUGCUCACAGCCUUCAUCGGGGACCUGGCCUCCCACUUCGGCUGCACCGUGGGCCUCAAGGACUCUGUCACCGCCGUGGUGUUCGUGGCCCUGGGGACCUCCGUGCCAGACACCUUUGCCAGUAAGGUGGCAGCCAUCCAGGACCAGUAUGCUGAUGCAUCCAUCGGCAACGUGACGGGCAGCAACGCCGUCAACGUGUUCCUGGGCAUCGGCGUGGCCUGGUCCAUCGCCGCCAUCUACCACAACUCCAAGGGCAACGACUUCAAGGUAGACCCAGGGAGCCUGGCCUUCUCCGUCACCCUCUUCACCAUCUUUGCGUUCAUCUGCGUGGGAGUGCUGAUGUACCGGCGGCGACCUUCGAUCGGUGGCGAGCUGGGGGGUCCGCGGACUCCCAAGAUACUGACCACCAUGCUGUUUGUCAGCCUGUGGCUGCUGUACAUUCUGUUCUCCUCACUGGAGGCCUACUGCCACUUCAGGGCCUUCUAAACAGCUACAAACUUAAGAAGGCCCUAGAAGAGCUAACCGGAGACAAGAAGGAGGAAACAGCAGCAGUGAAAAACUUUUUUCUCUUGUCGUUAAUAACCCCGACCCACCCCACCCUUUCCCCCUUUUAAGAAGUGAAAGAUCCCUCCCCUAGUGCUUAAUAAGGGAUGAGACUGGUUGUUCAGGUGAGGAGAGGCCUGUCAGUGCUGGGACAGAGAAACCUCUGAAGUCUGUAGAAUGACAGUUGUGUGUGUGUGUGCGUGUGCGUGUGCGUGUGUGUAGCUGUUUGUUAUGUCUCUCCCUACCCAGCAACCCUAUAGAAACAGCAUCGUCGACGCCUGGCGCUCAUUUCAAACUUAACACUAGACAUUUGAGUGAAAUCCUUUAAUAAUUCCCAUACCACCAUUAUUGAUAUGUAUAUGCAUGAACAUCAAAAGAAACAAAGAUACGGCUGUUCGCAAGCAUAGUGGGUGGGGAGUAACAGGUACUUUUGAAGAAAGUCUCUUGUCUGUGUGUUAGUCUUAAUAAAUCUCAGUUAGGGCCAGGCUGCAAGAGCUGCUCACCACCUUCUGACCCUCGGUUUGAUCCCCAGUAGAACAUCUGAUUAGGUUUCCUCUGUUCUUUUAUCUUGCUGUAGAUGUAGUUGUGUUAAAGGAGUUUAGCAUACUUUUACCUUUAAGGCCGUAUCGUGAUUGAAUGGCCAGCGUUACCAUUUUAACUAUCAGAUAACUCGUUGUCAACUUACAUUAUCAUUUUCAAAACUAUCCCAAGAUUGCAUUUCCAGUUUAGUCAAUAGGGGUUUCACCACUACCAUGCUUGAUUCAAAUUGCAAUAUAAUGCAGAGAGACCGUACUGGAUCGCCCUCUGCAUUAGCUUCAUCCAUUGGCUACACAUCUUUCAGCAGCCUCUCACUAUUGGCUCUUUCUCUCUAUCUUUGUGUCUAAGCUCCUACCAGACUGGUCUUUUUAUCAGUCUCAGUCCUCAAGGGCUCUACAGUCAAUUCUUAACCACUAACCCUAACCAGAAACCCUUUACCCCUCACCCCUAUCAUAAACCCACCCUCAACACCCCUAUCAUAAACCCACCCUCAACACCCCUAUCAUAAACCCACCCUCAACACCCCUAUCAUAAACCCACCCUCAGCACCCCUAUCAUAAACCCACCCUAAACACCCCUAUCAUAAACCCACCCUCAACACCCCUAUCAUAAACCCACCCUCAGCACCCCUAUCAUAAACCCACCCUCAACACCCCUGUCAUAAACCCCUCAACACUCCUAUCAUAAACCCCUCAACACUCCUAUCAUAAACCCACCCUCAGCACCCCUAUCAUAAACCCACCCUCAACACCCCUGUCAUAAACCCCUCAACACUCCUAUCAUAAACCCCUCAACACUCCUAUCAUAAACCCACCCUCAGCACCCCUAUCAUAAACCCCUCAACACUAAACCCUCUUUCUCUCUCCACUGAGCUGCACAUCUUCAUUUUUUAAAACAUUAAAUGGAAUAUUUCAAUAAACAAUAUCUUAAACAUAAAAUACAUAAAUUGUAAUGGUGGACAGACGUGUAGAUUAAAAGGUUCCUAUAAUACAGUAGCUAUAGGGACAUUUUACAGACGUUCAAAAUUAAGCUGGUGAGAAAUACAGUAGCUAUAGGGACAUUUUACAGAAGUUCAAAAUUAAGCUGGUGAGAAAUACAGUAGCUAUAGGGACAUUUUACAGAAGUUCAAAGUGAAGCUGGUGAGAAAUACAUUGACUGACUAUUUUCUAUUUUCUGAGGUAAAGGCUUUUGUCUUAAUGAUGCAAUCUUUUGAAUCCAUCUAACUGCCAGUCCCCAGAUAUAAGGGUUUACAUCCAAGACUGUUACUCCGCGUCCAGUUCAGACACAUCAGGCAGGUCAGUGUGUGGAAGAGGAAGACGGUCCACAUUAUUUGAUGAAUACCCCGAGUUUCCUACUGAGUUGGCUUAAUACACUAUACUUGAUGUGUAACGUAACAAUGAAGUAAAAGUAAUCAUAGUUGUAGUUUGGUUUAGAAAAUUAAGAUUUUGUCUCGUUCUUGUCAUUUCUCACCACAGAAGUUGCAGCCCCUGAGAAGGUUCCAUCUAGGUUAAAGUACUUAUAUGGAAGCCAAGUGGAGUUUACUCCUAUUUUGCCAAAGGGAACUAUUUCUAAUGGAAACUCCAGUAACAGCUUAGCCAGAAUAUGAGUGUGUUUUCUAACACACUGACGUUUCUUAACACCACCAAAAAGAUCCCUGUGCGGUACUUAAAGCCUGUUUGACCGAAACAGAACAUUUCUAAUUCCAAAUUUGGAUAAAAACAUUCACAUUUCGUGGAGAUGGGUUGAUGUUUCGAAUUGAAGGAAAAACAUUGCACUGGUUCCCGUGAUUCUAAUGAAAAGGAUGACAUUGUUUAUAUGCUGACGAUGACUCUGCUGUUACAUGAUUAUACAUUAUGACCUUUCUCUGAUCUGAAAAGGUUACUAUGACAUUGAAAUACUAAUAAAAAGACCUUUCCUCCAACCCUAAUACUCAACUAACCAACUACAAAUGACAAGAAGAGGAGGAGGAGGAAGAAAGAACAUGUGAAGUACAGCCAUACAUUGUGUACUGGUGCAGUGAAGCACAAGGACUUCUCCUGCCCAGCAUGUGUUGCUAUAGUGUACGUCUGCACUGUGACUGUGCAGCAUCUCUCUGUGUCCUCUACCCUGCCCACAUGCCAUGUCCAUAUUUUGGAAUGUUAAUUGUUAAUUAAUGUGCUACUUGUUCACACUGUGCAUGAAUGAUAACAUGUCUGUAUAUACUAAGCAGUAUCCCAUUCGUUGAUGUUGACGGAGGUUUGAAUGUUGUAUAGGUUUUGACUUUUUUUUUUAAUGUACUAUAACCUAAUGUUUUAUUUUAAGUUGAAUGAUGUAUUUGGUAACUUGCACAUUAAAUUUAAAAAAGGCAAUAUCUGCUGUUGUUGAAUGAGGGUGAGAACUUAACGAGUUGCGUAUCUUAAGGGAGUUGCAUGGGUAUUUGUACAAAAGACAAUGCUUGCUUAUAAUGACAUGGCUGGUUGUAUUAUUUGACAGAGUAAAGGCUAUUUUGUCAUUGAAGAGAUAAUAUGUGUAUAUACUGUACAUUGUUACCAGAGAGAGGUCUGAUACCUCCACAUAUCUUAGUGAAUUCUACAUAUUUAUUUUAAAACCCUGACUAAACUCAAGAAUGACAAAUAUUGCCUUUUUGGAGAAGUAGUUUGCUUAAAUGCUUGUUUUGCUCUCGCUCUCUUUUCCUUCCGUGCUGAGCAGUGUUUCGUCUUAGAUAUCUGAAAAGUGUGUCAGUUCGUCAUGCGGGGUGGAUUCCUUCUUCAACUCAAGAUCUGUCUGUCUGUCAACCUGGUAUGUGCCCAGCCAUCUGUCUCUCUGGCUGGCCGGUACUGUACCUGCCUAUCUGUCGCUGUCCCUGUUCAGUGUCUGUCUGUCUGUCUGUUGGUACCUGAGGUGCGUCAUCUGAUUUACACCACCACCGCCCACUGCUCAGAUGGACCGUCGUUUUUCAGGGUUCUAAUAUAUUUCACUUUCUCUUUCUUUUCCCUCCUUGCAUUCGCACUUUCUCACUGUUUAGCUCUCUCUCUCUCUCCUCUUUAACUUUCUCUCAACCUUCACCUCUCGAUCUGUCCUUUCCUUGCUGUCUCUCUUUAACAGGGUUUAGUUUGCUAUUUGUUUUGUCUUUUUGUUUGAUUUUGUUUGAUUCUAAUUGAUAGAAUAUCAUGAAUUUGUCUUAUUUUGUUGGUGUCGUCUGUGUUUUUUCUUUGUGUCGCACAAACGAAUAGGAAGACAUUACACUAACUGUGAUUACUCUACAUGGUACACUUCUAACACAGAAAAUAAAGUUUGGAAUACCCUGUUUCAAAGA